AUGGCCAACGCCUCACGAGAGGGCACCAAGGCCACUAUCAAUCGCCAGACUACCGUCCCCUUCCACUUGAAGCUCUUCUAUCGGGUGAACUCGUACCACUCGCUCUCCGAAUAUAGUCUUCCCGAGCCUUCGCGUCGCAAUGGUCCAGUCAGUGGGCCAAAUGCCAUUCGCGCCCAAUCACCUCCGUCAACUGCGGCCUCACUUCCUCCACACCUCGAAAUCUACACAUGGCAGUCAUGCACACUACGCGAACUCUCUCAGCUUCUCACUUCUGCACUUCCGUCAUUACUGCCCGAUCCUCCCGUGGGCACUCGUCUUUGCUUCCGCUUGGUCUAUCCGGACGCGCGCAAUGCAGCGAUGAUGGGACCCGAUGCGCGCGGGCGAUACCAGACUCGAGACCUGGGAAGUGUGAUCGUGGCGCCUCGCGACAGUCCAUACCGCGGCGAUGAAGAUGCAGAUCCACGCACAGAGACUCGGCCUCGAGCGGGAUCCUUGCGAUUCCAGGGGUCAGACGCGGACAAAGCUCUGCAGGACGCACGGUUCAUUGUUGGAGAUUACAUCGAAUGUGCGAUCCUGCCGCCUCUAGAAGAUGGUUCCGUUGCGCCCAUUGUCCGCAGCAAUCCUGGUCCCCCUCCACCCGUGGGAGGUGGUAUGCGUGCAUUCCGCGACAAUGGCUAUGGGGGACGGGGACCUCGGGGUGGUCACCGUGGUGGUGAUCGUGGAGGACCCCCGGCUCUUCCUAUGGGGGAUUGGAAGAGGGGAGAGAGAUUGCCUGAAGGAGCUCCUCGGGGUGGAGGUCGACGAGGCUGGGCGCCCUACUAA